GCUUUAUUUAUUUUUUGGCCAGUAGGAGCGACUUCUAUCCUCGUCUAGCUCACGCUUGUAAUUCCCUAGGCGUGUUCAACAAGAGAAGCAAAUGGAAAGCAUACAGAGCCACAGUGAAACUGAUAUCGUCUCGCUUUCCUAGUGAGAAACUCCCUAUCCAAGCAUUGCCAGAACCGCUGUCGAACAGAGACUCUCCGAAGCUCCCCGCGCUCACAUGACUGACCAACUAGGAGAGUGCUGGUUGCCAUGGUAACUGAGGGUGGCAGGCCGGGUUCGCGCGUUGAAGAGGGAGAAGCUCGCGAGGCGGUACAAGUGCAAGUGAAGUAACGGGCCGGAUCUGGGAGACAUAGAGCGGCGCAGAUCGCCGGGAUGGAGGACGGCUUCUCCGGCUACAGCAGUGGCAGCCUUUACGACACGUCCUCGCUGCUCCAGUUUUGCAACGAUGACAGUGCCUCUGCAGCCAGCAGCAUGGAUGUUACGGACCGUAUCGCUUCUUUGGAGCAGCGAGUCCAGAUGCAGGAGGAUGAGAUUCAGCUUUUAAAGUCUGCUUUGGCAGACGUUGUAAGACGGCUGAAUAUCUCGGAGGAGCAGCAGGCAAUGCUGAAUCGAAAAGGACCUACCAAAGCUCGACCUUUGGUACCCUCAUUGCCUUUAAGAUCAACAUUGAAUAAUGGGACUAUAUUACCAAAGAGAUCAAGUGGCUCUCUGCCUUCUCCAUCUGGACCCAAAAAGGACAUUACAGCUUCAACAAAUAAGAGUGGAUUUAACAAAUCUGGACAUCAUGCAUCCAAACCAGCUAAAAUGACCCCCAGUGUGGUAAAACGCACAAGCUCUUCAGAGCGUGUAGGCUCCAGCAGCCAUCGUGAGAGUAUGGGAGAUUUGAAAAACGCUCGAAACCGCACAGGCUCAACAAGCAGCAGUUCAAGCAGCAAAAAGAACAGUGAGAGCAAACCUAGGGAGCCUGUCUUUAGUGCUGAAGAAGGGUAUGUGAAAAUGUUUUUGCGUGGCCGCCCCGUUACCAUGUACAUGCCUAAAGAUCAAGUGGAAUCAUACAAUCUGGAGGCCAAAGGAGAACUGACAUCCAAGAAGCUUAAAUUGGAUUGGGUCUAUGGAUAUAGAGGCCGGGACUGCCGCUCCAAUCUAUACCUGUUGCCUACUGGAGAGACUGUAUUUUUUAUUGCCUCAGUUGUUGUGCUAUACAACGUUGAAGAGCAACUUCAAAGGCAUUACACUGGCCACAAUGAUGAUGUUAAGUGCCUAGCAGUCCAUCCAGAUAAAAUCACUAUAGCAACAGGCCAAGUAGCUGGCACCUCCAGUGAUGGAAAACAGCUACCCCCACAUGUAAGAGUCUGGGAUUCAGUCAGCCUGAACACACUUCACGUUAUUGGGACAGGAUUUUGUGAUCGUGCUGUCACAUGUGUUUCAUUCUCAAAAUCUAAUGGGGGCAGUAACCUGUGCAUGGUGGAUGACUCCAAUGACCAUGUUCUCUCAGUAUGGGACUGGCAAAAAGUGGAGAGACUUGCUGAUGCCAAGUGCUCAAAUGAAGCUGUGUUUGCUGCUGACUUUCACCCUACAGAUGCCAACAUUAUUGUGACCUGUGGAAAAUCACAUUUGUAUUUCUGGACAUUGGAAGGUGGCUGUCUUGUUAAAAAACAAGGACUCUUUGAGAAGCAAGAAAAGCCAAAGUUUGUAUUGUGUGUGACUUUUUCAGAAAAUGGGGACACAAUAACUGGUGACUCCAGUGGUAAUAUCCUAAUUUGGGGAAAAGGUUGUAACAGAAUUAUUUAUGCAAUUCAAGGAGCACAUGAAGGAGGUAUUUUUGCACUUUGUAUGCUGCGCAGUGGUGUUUUAGUAUCAGGUGGUGGGAAAGACAGACGACUUAUAUCCUGGAAUGAAAACUUUCAAAAGAUCCAGACAGUUGAGAUUCCUGAGAUGUUUGGACCUGUACGAACAGUAGCUGAAAGCAAAGGAGAAAGCGUUCUCAUUGGUACCACCAAAAAUUUUGUACUUCAGGGCACUUUAUGGGGUGACUUUACUCCAAUCACACAGGGUCAUACAGAUGAGCUUUGGGGACUUGCUGUUCAUCCUUCCAAACCUCUGUUUCUAACUUGUGGUCAUGACAAACAUGUUAUCUUAUGGGACUCUGUAAUGCGUCGUCCUGUAUGGAACAAAAUAAUUGAGGAUGCAGCACAGUCAGCAGGAUUUCAUCCCUCUGGGGCCAUGAUCGCAAUAGGAACACAGACAGGCAGGUGGCUUGUUCUGGACACUGAAACGAAGGAUUUAAUCACAGUACAUACGGAUGGCAGUGAGCAACUGUCAGUUAUGCAGUACUCGCCAGAUGGUAGUUUCUUGGCUAUUGGUUCACAUGACAAUUACAUUUACAUAUACUGUGUCAGUGAAAAUGGCAAGAAAUACAGUAGAGUUGGAAAGUGUUCGGGUCAUUCCAGCUUUAUUACUCACCUGGACUGGUCUGUUGAUUCCCAAUACCUGAUGUCUAACUCAGGAGAUUAUGAAAUUUUGUACUGGAUCCCAUCUGUAUGCAAGCAAGUUGUCAGUGUUGAAACAACCAGAGAUAUUGAAUGGGAAACUUGCACCUGCCCACUUGGAUUCCAUGUUUUUGGUCUGUGGCCAGAAGGAUCUGAUGGCACUGAUAUAAAUGCAGUCUACAGGUCUCAUGACAAAACCUUUUUAUCUACUGGUGAUGACUUUGGGAAGGUCCACCUUUUCUCAUAUCCUUGCUCCCAGUUCCGGGCUCCUAGCCAUGUGUAUGGUGGACACAGUAGUCAUGUGACCAAUGUAAGCUUUCUCUUUGAUGACAGUUACCUCAUCUCCACUGGCGGCAAAGACAUGAGUGUUAUGCAGUGGAGAGUUGUAUAAGGAUGUCCAGGAUUGCAAAGAUGAACUCUCCUUUUGGGAUAUUUAAAAUGUGCAAGUGGUAAAUUGUGGGCAGUCCUUGACUUUGCAGGUUCAAUUCUGGAAUUUUUUUUUUUUUUAUUUUAUUUUAUUUUUUUUUUUGCUGCUCAGGAACAAAAGUGCUUUCAAUAAGUGGUCCACGUUCUUUUUAAAAGUGGUGCAUACAGAGUCAAAGACACCGUGGAGCCUUUACAUCAAACUGGAUAUAACUAUUUUUCUUGCUGACAAUACACAUAGAAAGUGAGCAUCUAAAAUGAGUAUUUUCUGUUGCGUCAGCAAACAGGUAAACGUGUCCAGUAUCCUUCCAACAACUUUUUUUUCUGCAAAAGUAAAUGCCUUUGAGACUUCAACGAGUUUUAUUUCUAAAUGUUUUAUGUACAGUUGCUGGUCUACUACAGUUUCUUCUACUGCCACGGGGUAGCAGUGUUUUUUGCCUUUCAGUCAGAUGCAUACCCAGGCGCAUCUUUUUUAACCAUAUCAACUUUAUUUAGAUUUAGGUCUGCUCUGUCAUCAAGUCUUUUGAUUCAAAUAGACUUCCCAAGGAUUCCGAGUGAGGGCCAGCUUGUUUGUGCUGCUUUUUUUUUCUGGAAUUAGCCCUCCAAGUGGAACACACUACAGUACAUCGCUGAUGGUCUCUAGGUUUAUGCCAUGAUGCUACAAAAAUGCAUCAAACAUACUUGGUCUAAAGACCUUAAACAAAAUGACUUCGUAUCACAAUAAAUAUCCAUAAUAUUAGAUGACCUGUAAAAUUGUUUUUUUGUAAUAAGAUGAUUUUAAAUAUUAAUAAAUUGUAAAGCAUGACGUGUUGAAGGAAAAUACUAAAAAUACACAUAAAGAUGUUGAUAACAAAAG